GUCAUAAAACAGACGCUAGUGCUCCAGAGGCGCCCAAACAGCCAUGGCUGAAGAAAGUAACAGUGGAAACACGCCUCCUGCGUUUACCUUCGGCGAAGAAGCAACGCCGAGCACAAGCCAGGAAUUCUUCGAGGGCGCUUCGUGCACGCCCGACCGUUGCACUACGUUUUGUGACGACUUCUUCGAAGACCUGUGGAAAGCGUUCAACAGCCUCAGCUAUUCCAAGGACGUUACGGGCCAUACACAUGUCACUGAAAGCGGAAUCACCAGUUCCCCACCUAUGGCGUCCAGCAGCAGCAUCAAUCACGCACACCCCACUACAAGCCUCGCUGGCAUGGAGGAAACAUCGGCCAUUCCGGAAAACAUCGCUAGCAUUUCUGAUGACGCCGGGAAGUACCAGUGGAACACACAGCCCACGCUGAUAAACGACGGCACUUACAACGUCGACGGUACGUAA